AUGUACUACGCCCGCCCGUUCGAGCAUCGCGCGGCUUCCGCAGUGCCCCCCGCCGCAGCUGCGGCACGCCCGUUCUGCCGGCUCACCCUGGCCGAGCAACUCGAGCGUCGCCGCCAAGGGUUGUGCUUCAACUGCGACGAACCCUACGUACCGGGCCACGUCUGCCCACAACUCUUCUAUCUGGAGGCUGCAAACUACAUUGAGGAGGACCCCGCCGCCGCCGGGCUCGGCGACCAGCCCGCCCCAGUUGACACGGAGGGCGUCAUAAAUCUGAUAAACAAUCAUCGGCAACGCCACGAGGAACACACCUAUGAGGUCAUUCUCUUAGGGGCACCAGAAUGCAAGAAAGACCAUAGGUUCUUGGACACAAGCAAGAUCAAGCAGUCGACAUGGAACCGUCUUCACAACCUCAGCCUGCAACGGCCAGCACCACCAUUCCCUGCCAAUUCAGCCCAGCUCAAUGCUCAAAACCAGCUUAUCUACGAGCAAGCGCAGCAAUUUCACCAGCAGCUCCAGCAGCAGCAGCAGAGGCAGCUGCAGCAGUUCUGGGCCGAACGACUGUCGGAGGUUGAUCAGGCCACCGACUUCAAGAACCACACCUUGCCGCUCGCCAGGAUAAAGAAGAUCAUGAAGGCCGACGAGGACGUCCGCAUGAUCUCAGCCGAGGCCCCAGUGGUCUUUGCAAAAGCAUGCGAGAUAUUCAUACUGGAGUUGACACUGAGGUCGUGGAUGCACACUGAGGAGAACAAGCGCCGGACCUUGCAGAAGAAUGACAUUGCCGCCGCCAUCACCAGGACCGACGUCUACGACUUCCUGGUGGACAUAAUCCCCAGGGAUGAGAUGAGGGAGGAGGGAGUUGGGCUUCCUAGGGCCGGGCAGCUGCCGCUCUUGGGGGCUCCAGCUGACGCGUCGUACCCCUACUACUAUCCGCAGCAGGUGCCAGGUGCGGUGAUGGGGUACGGUGGCCACCAGGGCCAUCUGCCGUAUGUGUGGCAAGAUCCUCAGGAGCAGCAACAGCAGCAGGGGCAUCCUGGGGAGCAGCAGCAAUCUGAAAGCGGCUGA